AUGACGUUGCCCAUCGCAUUACUUCUUUCUCUUGCUGCUUCGGCGACUGCCCUGUCGCACGUCGCCGUGAAGCGCCAGAUUUCGGAGCUUGGCGAGAAUUAUGACUUCGUCAUAGCCGGUGGGGGAACUGCCGGUUUAACCAUCGCCGAUCGCCUAACCGAGGCCUUUCCAGAAAAAACCGUCCUCGUCAUUGAAUAUGGCGAAAUUGAGUACGCGCCAGGGACGUUUGAUCCUCCCCUGCUUGUCUGGGGCGGCGCAGGUGCCUCUGCUUCAAGGUGGUUCUUCGAAUCCCUGCCGAACCCGGAUGUGUUGAACAAGACAGCAGUGGUUCUAGCCGGCCAGGUCGUUGGCGGUAGUAGUGCUGUGAACGGCAUGUUCUUCGAUCGCCCGUCCCGCUGGGAUUUUGAGGCAUGGGACCGGAUUCUCAGCCCUGAAUGUGAUGACGACGAGAAGUGGGAUUGGAAUAGUAUCUUUCCAUUUUUCAAAAAGAGUGUAACUUUCACCGAGCCAUCCGCCGCCGCCGCCUCAGAGCAUGGCUACACCUGGGACCUGGCUGUCUACCCGGGCACCACUCCGAUUUACUCCAGCUACCCUCCCUUCCUCUGGGGCGACCAUAAUGUGGCGAGGGAUACAUGGAUCGACAUGGGGAUUCCCGUCCUCCAAGAGUGCGCGGGUGGUGACAAGAACGGCCUCUGCUGGAUCCCAAUCUCGGAGCACCCUGUCACCUCGAGACGAUCCCACGCCGGUCUUGGACACUACGCCGCCGUCAACGAAACAAGGAGUAAUUACCACCUCCUCAUCAAGCAUCAGGUGACGAGGGUGCUAUAUCCUGAUGGGCUCCAGAGCGGACCGCCAAUUGUCGAAGUGAGGGAUCGAAGUGAUGAUAGCCUGUUCAACGUGACGGCCGAGGCCGAGGUUAUUCUUUCGGCUGGCACUUUCCAUACGCCAACAAUCCUGCAGCGAAGUGGCAUCGGCCCAGCAUCGUUUCUCGCUGAUGCGGGUAUUCCCCUAGUUCUUGACCUUCCGGGGGUUGGGUCAAACUUCCAGGACCAUUCCGGUCCUGGCUUCACGUGGAACUACACCACCCCAGGAGACUGGUCGCCAUUACCUUCCGACAUGUCUGACCCUACCUUUGCCGCUGAUGCCACUGCUGGAUUCGAUGAAACACCGGCUCGAGGACCGUACACGCUGGCAAUGGCCAACAGCGCACUCUUCCUCUCGCUUGCCAACGUUACCGACGACUACCUGACGAUCGUCAACAAGAUCCGCGACAUGGUCGACGACGACUCGGCCGCGUCGUACCUCCCAGCCGAGUACAGCUCUAAUCCCGAAAUGGUCGCUGGAUACAACCACCAGCUCUCUGUGCUUGCCGACUUUUACGAGAACCCUGAAGCUCCGAGUCUCGAAUGCCCAUUCGCCACGGGUAACUCCAUGCGCGCCGUCAUGCUACAUGGGCUAAGCCGCGGAACUGUGCGUCUCGAUCUCACGAACCCUCUCAAUCAACCCAUUGUGGAUUACCGCUCGGGAUCCAACCCCGUCGACUUCGAUCUGCACCUCGCCCAUCUCAAGUACCUCCGCGGCAUGUUUGAUACUCAGACCAUGGAAGAAUUCGGCGCAGUUCUCGUAGCGCCCGGCGCCAACGUCGUGAGUGAUGAAGAUCUAACUCAGUACACCAAGGAGAACAUGGUGUUUUCGUUCAUGCAUCCUUGCUGCACUUCGGCCAUGAUGCCGAAAACGAAGGGAGGUGUCGUCGGACCGGACUUGAGGGUUCACGGUGCGGCUGGCUUGAGGAUUGCGGACAUUAGUGUAUUACCGUUGACACCCAGCUCGCAUACCAGUGCGGAGGCCUAUGCCAUUGGAGAGAAGGCGGCCGACAUCAUAAUCAAUUAUUGGACCUGA